GAGCAGAUGUGACCUGCGGCCGGCUCAGCUGCGGAGUCCCAUGGCUGCGGCACAGCUGGGCCAGAUUCUGCUCCCUGGGGGAAGGUGCUGGCCCGUCUGCAGUCCAGGUCAGGCCUGGCUGCUCUCCCCGGGGCUAAAAUCCCCCACCUGUAGCACCCAUCUCCUCCAUCCCCUGUGCUGGGCUUGGGCUUUGCUGCUGCGGGCUUGUUGGGGUGUCCCCAGGGUGCUGCAGCCUCCAGGGUGCUGCAAGUCUUCAGGCUGGUCAAGGAGCUGGCCAGGAUGCUUCAGCCCAUCCUCAAGGUCAUCUCCAACCUCUGCAAGAUCGUGUUCAUCCUCUUUACCUCCAUGCUGCUAAACGGUGGGGUGGCCAACACGGACCCUCAGCUCAGCCCGAAGGCGAUGGGGGACGGGGUCUCCAUGUACAUCUCCCAGGACCUGCUCACCUACAGCAAGUUGGGCAAGCGGGGCGAGGAGGUCGUGCAGGAAGUCCAGCGCCUCUCGGAAAGCAGCAGGACAACAUCAGAGAGUACAAACAGGUCCAUGAGGAGCUCGAUGUGUACAACCUGCAAACCUCCUUCCUCCUGGCUGGCUUGGUCACAGGGUGGAUAGGAUAGAAUCAGCCCAUUUAUACAGAGCCAAGGCAAAACCUCUCCGAGAGAGAUGUCCCUUUUGGGUUGGGGGGUGGAAGCUGGUGGCUGCCACCCAUCUGGAGGCAUUGGUGUCACAGGGAGGUGUCAGCCUGUGGCUUCUGGCGUGGGAGAGGACUUUGCUGGUGGAAAGCCAUGGCUGGAAAGCCUGGAGAAGGCUUAUUGAGCAGAUAUUAGGUACUGGGAGGGGGGGAAGGAUGCUCCUGACUCCUCCCUCGGCCGUACCCCCCAGCAUAGUCAAGGAGGUGAGGGCCAUUGACUUCAACGUGGUGCAGGAGCACGAGCUGAUUCAGCAGAAGCUUUUCCAUACCGCUUGCUUGGACAGCCCUUACCCCAGCGAGGUCACACUGAUGAUGUGUGGGGGCAACACCUCCACUUUGCCCAAAAUGGAAAAAAUAGGGACACAACCUGCCAGCCCCAGCCCCCCAAACCAGGGCCCUCCCCGUAGCUCAAUGUCCCUGUCCCAAGGGUAAACCAUCUGAAGCCAGCCCAAGGUAACCAAGUGACACUGAUUUAUCCACCCUGCCGGGCAUGGCGUUGUCUUUGUGCGCUGAAAUGGAGACAGCAGUUGCCUUUUCCCUGCAGGGGGGAAGAUGAAGGUCUGGGUGGGUUGAGCUGCCAAGCUCAGCUGUGCUCCUGGCAGAGGGACACAGGGCCCAGCCGUGCGGUGUCUUUACUGCUGCCAGCCUUUUUGUUCUGCCUCAAAGCCCUUGCAUGGCGGGAGGCAAAUGUCUGGCCUCAAUCGGAUGCUCCUGGCCAAUUUUUGGGUGGCUGACCUCAAGCUGAGUUGGAAUCUGGAGUCCUGGUGUCCAUCCUCACCCAUGGCAGAGGCCACAGCGCUGGUGCAUGUGUCCGUCUAUCUUCCAGGAGGCUUCUUUGCAAGAAAGUCCAUUGCUGCACCUGAACAUCCCAGUCCCAGACCUGGGCGUGGAGUUGCCUUAUGUUGGAGAGGAGGACGAUGGAGAGGAGACGAAGGAGAGAAAAGAAUGGAUGGAGGGCAACCAGGCCAAGAGGAAGCUGGACCUGGAGGGUCCCGAAUUUCGCACGCCCAAGGGGAAGGGCAGGACGCUGGUGCAGGUCCCCAGCCCCAGGACCCCCAAGUCUCCCGGGGAGAAGACUCGCUAUGACACCUCACUGGGGCUGCUCACCAAAAAAUUCAUCCGUUUGCUGAACGAGUCGCCCGAUGGCGUUGUGGAUCUCAACCGGGCGGCUGAGGUGCUGGAGGUCCAGAAACGGCGCAUCUACGACAUCACCAACGUGCUGGAGGGCAUCCAGCUCAUCCGCAAGAAGUCCAAGAACAACAUCCAGUGGAUGGGGACAGGGAUCUUUGAGGACACGGCGGUGGCGGCGAAGCAGCAGGCGCUGCGGGGGGAGCUGGCUGAGCUGGCCAGGACGGAGAGGACGCUGGACCAGCUCGUGCAGGACUGUGCCCUGCAGCUCCGGCAGCUGGCUGACGACGAAGCCAACCGGAGGCUGGCAUACGUCACCUACCAGGACCUCCGCGCCAUCAGCAGCUUCCAGGAGCAGACAGUGAUCGCCGUGAAGGCUCCCCCAGAGACACAGCUGGAGGUGCCGGACUUCAGCAAGGACAACCUCCAGCUCCACCUGAAGAGCACCAACAGCCCCAUUGAGGUGUACCUCUGCCCGGAGGAGAUCACAGAGGAGAGCCCCACCAAGGACCACAGCGUCCCCUCUGCUGCCCCCUCCCCGUGGGAGCACGCCGCACCCCCUUCCCUGCCUAACAGCCCCAGGCCUGCCACACAGACACCCCAUUCCAUCCCCCAGAGCUGUGGGGGCACGGGAACCCCCUCCUCACCCCCAUCGCUGCCCCUCACCGUCCCGGGGGGGCCCAGCUCGCUGCUGGAGGUGGAGCCUGGGCUCCUGGGCUCGCCACCGCACCUCCUGCAGCAGACAGAGGACCAGCUGCCCGGCACCCCCUCCCACCUGGACUUGGGACCCUUCAGCGCCUUCUCGCCCCCCCUGGAACAGGACGACUAUCUGUGGGGGCUGGAGGGUGAGGGCAUCAGUGACCUCUUCGAGGCGUACGACCUGGGGGACCUGCUGAACCACUGAGCUCCCCCCUCCCCAUUGCCUUUGUCCUCUCCAGCCACUGGUGUCCUGAGCACGUGGGGUCUCUGCAGGGUGGUUGGAGAGCGGUGGAGUGGGUCGGGGAGUGCUGGGUUUUCUGAGGGUGCUGGUGGGGGGCUUGUGUCGGCCACCCUGGGUGGCUUCUCCCCGCUCUCCUGGGUUGGUUGUCACCUGGGGGCUGUGUUUGUCACCUCGCUGGGCUCCGGGAGCGCCCUGGGGAGGUGUAAGCCCCUAGGAGGGAUCCAGUCAGGUCCCAUUCCAGUGCUGGCCAUAAAAUGGUGGGGUGCCAGCACCACGGCCCCCACUGCCCCAGGGCUGCUGGCAGACUAGGGGUACCUUUACGUGCAUGGGGUGGGUUAGGGGCACCCCUGGGUGGCAGAGAAACCCCUGCACAGAAUGGGCUGUGUUGGGGGGGCCCGUCAUGUUUUGGGACCACUCCGGUUUCUUCCCAGUUAGACUGGUUCCUCAGGGUCAUGACAGGUCAUUCUGGGUGGUGUUUCCCCCCACUGCUGCGGCUGGAAUAUUCUUAAAAAAAUAAUCAGGCAGCAAAGCUGAAGGCACCUUUGGGUGAAGAGAAGAUGAAGCUCACGUGUAGGCACUGCACCCGCAGCCUCCAAAAUCAGUGGCUCUGGCAAAUCCCUGUCUGGGACACAGAGCCAUAUUUCCCAGGGGGCUGCGGCUCCUCUUCCCCCCGUCAGUAUCAGCUCCCUCCAGCCUCUUGGAGAUAUUGGUGCUGAGGGUAUUGAAACUGGAGCGUACUGUGAGGAGGGAUGCUAUCUACUGGUGACUGGAGCAUCACCUGCUUGGGCAGCAGUGCGGGAUGAGCCUUCGGACACGGGAAUGGAUACAGCUUUUAAUUGUGCCAUCGCAAAAUAUAUUGCACUGUAUUUAUAUGGGACCCCCCCUUUUGGCAUGGCGCUGGUGAGGGUCGGGUUGGUAUUUUGAUUUUUAAGCAAAUGUAUUUAAGUUGUCUUUCCUUGUAUUGGUUCUGCAGUUUGGCUUGGAGGCAGUGUGGGUGAGAGUGUGUUUUGGUGUGGAAAAACUUGUGGCAUUUGAUGUUUUCUGCCCAAGAAGGGAUGAAAUAAAAUAAAAUUUUGAAGUUA